AUGGACGUCCUACAUCUGAACGCCGGCUCCUGCAUCAGCAGCAGCACACACAUGCGUCAUAGUACUGUUGUGAAUGUUCCUCCUGAUGGUCAUGAAGGGGGUGUGUGUCCUGCUGGCAGUUUCUGCCCACCGGGUUCAGUUCACCCACAGCCCUGCCCUCCAGGAACCUACAGUAACAGCACAGGUCUCCAACAUGCAGAGCAGUGUGUCCACUGUCCUCCAGGUUAUUAUUGUUUAGGAACAAACUCUACGUCCCCUUCUGGUCCAUGCUUUGCUGGGUAUUACUGCACCGGAGGUUCAGCCACACCAGUCCAGCAUGAAGCUGAGGAGGGACACUACUCUUUGGAAGGAGCUGUGAGGGCCGAACCGUGCCCAUUGGGAACUUUCCAACCAGGAAGAGGCUACAACUCAUGCAUUGAAUGCCAGUCAGGAAGACUGUGCAGCAAGACAGGCCUAUCCCAGCAGCCACUGUGCCCACCUGGACACUUCUGCCCUGCUGGAUCCCUAAUUGCUCACCCAUGUCCCCCUGGUACAUACACGGCAAGUUCAGGGGCGGAGGAUCUGCAGCACUGUGGCCCAUGUGAUGCUGGUCAGUACUGUCACUCUCCUGGACUGACUGCUCCUCAGGGACCCUGUGAGCCUGGUUUUUACUGCACUGGUGGAUCUCAUGUUGCCUCUCCGAUUAGCUCCAGAUAUGGUGACAUAUGCCCCAUGGGUUAUUACUGUCCAGCAGGCACCAGGCACCCUCAUGAGUACCCCUGUCCUCCUGGAACCUGGAGUAAUGCACUGGGGGCCCAGAAUGUGUCGUCCUGUUGGCUCUGUCCUGCUGGAUUCUUCUGCAACAGCUCUGGCCUCACUCAGCCCACUGGAAUAUGUGCUCCAGGUGCUGCAGAAUGCAGUGACUGUCCUACUGGAUGGCUAUGUCUGGAGGGGGAGGAACUCCAGUUGUGUCCAGAGGGACAUUACUGUCUGGGGGGCACAGUGGAGGACAUCCUCCCCUGCCCUCCAGGCACAUACAGCCCCAAAGCAGGACAAAACCAAGUAGAGCAGUGUUUACUGUGCUCAGCUGUGGGCUUGAGUAGACCCUCUGGACUCUGCCGGGAGGGGUUCUACUGUCCUGCCGGGGCAUCGUCAUCCACAGGUUCUGACACUGAAGGUGGUCUCUGUCCUCAAGCGCACUUCUGCCCCGCUGGCAGUGCUGUGCCUAUUCCCUGCCCUGCAGGCACAUAUACCAACCUGACAGGACAGAUUAAGUGCAGUCCCUGCCAUGCUGGAUACUAUUGCCCAGAGAGUACCCACAAAUACACUAUGUACCCCUGUCCUCCUGGAUUCUACUGCCCUGAUGGAACAAAGCAUGCCACCCAGUUCCCCUGCCCACGAGGCUAUUACAACCCCGAGCCGAUGACCCACAGCCUGGACAGCUGCCUGCCCUGUCCUCCAGGCCACUACUGUGAGAAAGAGCGCCUGUCCGCAGUGUCUGGGAAAUGUAAAGCUGGAUGGUUUUGUGUAUCGGCUGCCUGGAACGCUCAGCCCUUUGACCUGGACAACUACACUAACGCUAACUGCCUAUGCCCUGCUUCCUCCACCGGGGGCAGAUGCCAGGAGGGGUUUUACUGUCCCGUUGGGACCUCUGAGCCUGUAUCUUGCCUUCCAGGAGCUUUCUGCAAUGCAACCGGUCUAGCCCUGCCGAGUGGACCGUGCUCUCCUGGUUAUUACUGCACAAAGGAAGCCACUUCAUCCAAGCCUACAGAUGGCAUCACAGGCAACAUCUGCCCUCCAGGAACUUACUGUGACGAGGGCUCUAUUGCACCACAGCCGUGUCCAGCUGGGACUUUCUCCCCAGCAGCGGGCCUUGUGAGCAAGGAUGAGUGUCAGCCCUGUAGAGCGGGUUACUACUGCGCUACCCCAGGCCUUCAGGCUCCUACCGCCCCCUGCAGGCAGGGUUACUGGUGCCCGGCUGGUCAGACAGAUGACCUAGCUCUGCCGUGUCUGGUUGGUCAUUACUGUCCCCCAGGAAGCCCUGUCCCAAUUCUUUGUCCCACUGGGACAUAUCAGGACAAGCAGAAGCAGGCAAACUGUACAAUCUGUGAAUCAGGACAUUACUGUCCGGAUGUUGGACUUGAACAACCUGCAGGCACUGGCAGCCCUGUGCCCUGUCCUGUGGGAACAUGGUCUAACAGUACAGGACUACGGAGUGCUGAGGAGUGCCAGUCAUGCCCUGGAGGGUUUUACUGUGCCUCUACUGGUCUGACUGAACCCAGUGGACUCUGCUCUAAUGGGUUUUAUUGUGCCAAGAAAGCUGAGACUCCCACCCCUAUUGAUGGGGUCUCUGGCCACAUCUGCCCAGAGGGUCAUUACUGUCCUCCAGGAACCACGCUCCCUGUGCCAUGUGAUCCUGGGACUUUUGUAACCAUCACUCAAGCCUCUCAGUGCUGGCCCUGCACAGCUGGCUGGUACUGUGUAGAUGGAGCCCGGAUGCUGUGCCCAGCUGGUUUCUAUUGUCCCGAAGGCACAGGUUAUGACUGGAGGCCUUGUCCGGUGGGGACAUACAGUCCUGACUCUGGUUUGGGCAUCCUCUCUGAAUGUAGGGAAUGUGAUGGAGGACACUACUGCUCUCUUCAGAACUCCACCUCUGUCACAGGAAAAUGCACUGAGGGAUAUUACUGUGCACAUGGAAACCUCUCACCUCAACCUCACAAGCAGUCUUCAGUGGAGAAUGCUGGGAAGGUUUUUACUGCAAACAGGGAGCCGUACUCCCCAACAGCCCAAUCAACGAUCACAGAGGAGGACCAUGUCCGACAGGUUAUUUUUGCUCUAGAGGCUCAGGCGCUCCUCAAGCCUGUCCAGAAGGAUCCAUCAGCAGUAGAGAGAGACAGGCCAGCUGCAGCUUGUGUCCUCAAGGGAGCCAUGUCCCCCACACCUGUGGAUGGAGGAAUGGGUGGUAGAUGUCCACAAGGACACUACUGUCCCGUGGGGUCCUCGUCCCCUGAGCCUUGUCCAGAAGGCUAUUACAGCAACAGCGGCAGGAACACUAAGCUGUCUGACUGUCUGCUCUGCCCUCCAGGAUUUGCUUGUUCCAGUAGGGGGCUCUCCUCACCUUCUCAUGUGUGCCAGAUGGGCUACUACUGCCCACAGGGGCAAAAUUCCAGCCAUCCUGCUAACUUCAUCUGCUCACCUGGCUAUAUGUGUCCACCUGGCAGCCCUGGCCAGAUCCCCUGUCCGCUUGGGACGUACCAGAAACUCCAGGGGCAGGCAGAAUGUUCUGUGUGUCCGGCUGGAUAUUUUUGUGCUGGUUCAGACACAGUAACAGGUGGAACUUCUUUACCUGUGCCCUGUCCUAGGGGAUAUUACUGCCCUCCAGGCUCAGAGUCCGGAGUGAGCUUCCCCUGCCCUGUGGGCACUUUCAAUGGUCAGUUAGGCCUGUCUACAAAGGAACAGUGUAUCACCUGCCCCCCUGGUAAAUACUGCAGCUCCUCUGGCCUGGACACCCCUACAGGCAACUGUUCUCCAGGUUACGUGUGCAAUCGGGGUGCCUCGCUCUCAGAGCCAGUUGGAGAUUCCACAGGAGGCAGAUGCACAGCUGGCUUCUAUUGCCCAGCGGGUGCCAGCCGUAUGGAGCCCUGUCCUCUGGGCACAUUUGGCUCAUUAGAAGGUCUUAUUCCAGCAUAUGUAUCAUAG